CCCGCCAUCGGUAGCUCGGCGCUCGGCGCGGCGGGCGGAGCGCCGCGCGGUCGAUGUGACGGGGGCUCUCCGGUACCGGCCAUUUCCCGCCGGCCCGACCCGGCCCGGCCCGGUGAGCGCGGGGGCGGCGGGUCCCGUCCUGGGCCUGCCGGGCGCUCCCUGCUCUCCCCUCCAGGCUUCUCCCCCCCGGGCACGGAGCCCCAGGGCACAGAGCGGCCAUGCCUCCCAAAUUCAAGCGGCACCUGAACGACGACGAGGUGACGGGCUCGGUGAAGAGCGAGCGGAGGAACCUGUUGGAGGAAGACUCGGAUGAAGAGGAAGACUUUUUCUUGAGGGGCCCUUCUGGACCCAGGUUUGGACCCAGGAAUGACAAGAUCAGGCAUGUCCAGAACCAGGUGGACGAAGUCAUCGACGUCAUGCAGGAGAACAUCACCAAGGUGAUCGAGAGGGGCGAGCGGCUGGACGACCUGCAGGAUAAAUCAGACAGUUUAUCAGACAAUGCAGCAGCUUUUAGCAAAAGAGCCAAGCACCUCCGGAGACAGAUGUGGUGGCGAGACUGUAAGAUGAAGGCGAUCAUAGCGAUGGUGGUGCUCGUUCUCCUGCUCGUCAUCAUCGUCCCCAUAGUCCUGAAGUACCGUUCCUGACAGGGCCGCGGGAGGCUUCGGUGGAGCUGCCUCUGGAUAACCCAACUGCUGUGUAAUUUAAGUGAGAGAUCUGUAUAUAGCCUGGAAGCUGUUCUUUCUCCUGGAAGCAGGAGGUGGUGGCAAGCAGCCAGUUCUAAGGGAGCGUUUUAAGAACUACCAAACAACCCUUUUCCAGUCGAGUACCUGUUCCUCCUGUCAGACUUUUUUUUUUAAUAACACAA